CACAAUCAUCCAUCUGAAGUCUUGUUUUGCCAACAACAAACAGAACCACCAUCAAAUUGGCGAAUGAGUCAGCUACUUUCAUGAUGGCCCAUCGGAUGAAAGAUGCGCCCAUAUUCUACCAGAAUCUGGAACAGUGCUUGGACAAGCACCGCAGGAACCAAACAAUCAUGAUGUUGACUCUACGGCUUCCUCGCGAGACGAUUGACUUUUCGUGGGGUGGAGUAUUUGAGGGGCAGGUGAUGGGCUCGUUUCAGUUAUACAGGUUGUGGAAUUUGAUACAAACUUUUUCACAUAUAACUUAGCGAUAUAUACUAUGGCCCCUGAUUGGGUAGCUGUUCUCACGCAAGCCCAAGCG